UUUGUGCUCCCGCUUCGCUGCAGGAACAGUGACGGAAAUAACAUGGCGGGUAAUUCGAAACAACAGCAACUCUGUUUGCAUGUUUACAACUGCCUUCAGACUCUUGGCUGUCCCCUGGUUGAUGGUCUGUACCUGAGAGAUGCCGAAAGCAUGCAGCAGCUUCUGUGCACGUCUUCACUACACCGCUUGGAUAUCCUAAAAUGGAUUUGUGUCAGAAUUUGCCCAUCACUUAGAGACAAAUUUUCAGCAAUCAAAUCCUCACAGACAGAUGAAGUAGCAAAGGAAAUCACCCGAUUUGGGCACGAAAUUAUGUUGUGUAAAGCUGAUGACCUGGACUUAAUUAAGGGCUUAGCCACUCCAUUACAGCAGCUUUUAUUUUUGGACCAGCUUUUAACGAUGGCCCAAGACAGCAAUGAACAGAAUUCCUCUAAAGAUGAAAACAUGAGAAAUGAAGAUCUCUUCCGAGAGCUGAUGUCUCCUGAUCAUCUAUCUGACCUGAUCCAUCUGAUGAAUCCUGUUUGUAACCCCUGGUCUGCCCACAUCCAGGAAUAUUUACGGAACAUACAAGCAACUCGGUCAAAGGGAAGCCGCACCAAAGCCAAUGAGUCCAAUAACAGGAGUCAUUAUCAUCAUCCAGAUGUUGGUAAACUUAGUGAGGAUGACUUAGCUGAAGCUACAGCCCUAUUACAGUCCACUAAGACUGCUUUAGAGGACCUACGUAAAGAGUGUGAGUUUCUGCAGUCAGAUCCUGUAAGCCCUGGAGCCGUGCUUUCACCCUGCGCCCUAAAAGUAGCCAUAUCGGACAUGGCUCAGCUCAUGACUGCUUUUAGCCAGGUCUACAACACAGACUUUAGGGGCUACUGCCAGAGAGCUCCCCCUGUUCUUAAUCCAAGUGCAGGAGUCUUCCAGUCUGUACAUCAGCUGCUGCAUAGCUGCAACAUGGAGCUGGAGUCUUUGCAGCAGUUAUCAGAAACCUCAUCUUUUCUGACUGAGACUGUGAAACAGUUACAGACAGACAAACGGUUUUGGGCCAAGGGAGAGAAGCACACAUUGUCUAAUCAACUGGAGGUACUGAAGAAUAAAUAUACAGCUUUUUUGUCCCACUACCAAUAAUACAUUUUCUACCCUUCAUUCUAUUGUUCAAUUCGUUGUUUCACUAUGUAAAUACUUUUGUGCCAACGCUUUGUUUUUACAAAACAUUAAUAAAAAAUUGUUGUGUUCUUUAAUUUUAUUAUAAAGGAAAAUGUAAUAAAGGUAUUUGGUGAUGCUUA